AUGCCAGACACAUUCUUCAACUCUUUACUCGAGAACAAUCCCUAUUUCACGGCUGGCGUAGGCGUGGUAGGUUUUGGUGCUGGCCUGGCCGCAAUGAGAAGAGGGCUCGUCUUGGGUGCAGAACUCACCCGAAGACGGUUACUGGCCACGUUAGAGAUUCAUUCAAAAGACGUAUCAUAUAUGUGGUUCCUGCAGUGGAUGUCACAGCAGUCUGCAAGGAGGACGCAUAGAUAUGCCGUGCAGACUUCGUUUGUACAGCAUGAUAACGGAAGUGUAUCAACAGCAUUCAGUCUAGUUCCUGGUCCAGGAAGACAUUAUUUUAAGUGGAAGGGUGCGUGGUUCCAGAUCGAACGCCAUAGAGACAAGGCUAUCGACUUGAUAACAACCACCCCAUUUGAAACUGUAACUCUAACCACUCUCUCUCGCGACAGACAUCUCUUUACCGAACUUCUCCAUGAAUCUCGAGAGAUAGCUCUGGCGAAACAAGAGGGCAAAACUGUGAUAUAUACUAGUUGGGGACCGGAAUGGAAACCAUUCGGAUUACCGAGAAAGAGGCGUCUGUUGAGUUCGGUAAUCUUGGAUGAGGGUGUGAAGGAAAGGAUCGUUACGGAUGUUGAAGAAUUUAUCGGGAAUGGGAAAUGGUAUAGUGAGAGAGGCAUACCUUAUCGUCGUGGUUAUUUACUUUACGGUCCACCUGGUAGCGGUAAGAGCAGUUUCAUCCAAGCUCUCGCUGGAGAGUUGGGAUACAACAUAUGUAUCUUGAACCUUGGCGAACGCGCUUUAACUGAUGAUAGAUUAAAUCAUUUGUUGAGCAACGCGCCAGAGAGGAGUAUCUUGUUGCUCGAGGACAUUGAUGCAGCGUUUACAUCUCGAAAGCUUCAGGACGAUGGGCAGGGGUUGGCUUGA